UGCUCUUCACGAGCUCAAUGCUGCAAUGCUCGUAGACAGCCAUUGUCCACAUGCGUAGCUCGCCGAUGCGCAACCAUGCAGCUGCAAGACGUGCCUACACGGCGAGGCCCGGCGCCAGCUCGUUCUGCUGAGAUUGACUCCUACCUCUUGAAGCCUCUGACCGGAGAUGUGGAGUUUGAAUCCGCCUGGAUCUCGACCGCCCUGGCGACCUGGCUGGACGAGGAGUGGACGGUGCUGCCAGAGCACCAAGUCUUGGCCAAGGCGGCGGCUGACGCGUAUGUGGGGCUGCGGCGUAAGGGCGAGAACGACAUGGGCAACCUAGUGCUGGCGGUGGCCUCUGAGCUGCUGAGCCCCGAGCUGGCACCGGCGUUCCGGGCGUCCUUCACCAGCCCCUUUGAGGUCUCCAACAAGCUGUCUGAGACUGUGAUGCUCAAGGAUGGCUGCGACGUGUGCUGCACCAGCGCCGCGGACCGGGAGCGGAUAGAGCGGGUCAACCAGCUCAUGAGCGGGAGCAGCAUGUGAGAGCAGUCGGGUGGGAGGCGGGGUGGCGCGCCAUGAUAAGUGAUGAGGUACACGCGUGAGGAGUGCAUAGAGCUUGUUUCAUGGGCUGUAGCGCUGGAGGGGUGGUAGAGGCGCGUGGGCACGCAUGGCAACAGCACGGAGCUUGCGGUAGUUACUCGAGGACACGUGAGGACAACCGUUCGCAGACUGGGCAGCUGGUUGGGAAGGAGCGACUGAAGCGUGUGGCGUAUGAGGCAGGGAAUCCACUUGUCGAGGUGGUUGAUAAACAGUUGUAGAGUCAUACAUGAUGCGAUGGGUUUGGCGGCAGUUUGCACGAUACGAAGGGGCUGCGGGACACUGAGCCCAGACCGAGGCCAACAAGACGUGAGCCCGACAAUGAAGGGGGAGGAUCCGCUAGUUCUCCACGUAAUAUGACACACACCUGGACAAACGUCAAGCAUUGCCGUCAGAACACAGCGCGCUUUGGCAGGUUCUGGGAGGCUUCGUGUGGGUGUGCGAUGGAACGUGCCCUGCUCAGCCUGUCGGGUGAUAUCGUGUAUGCGGCACGGCGCAACUACCUAGGCCCCCGAGUGCACCGGGUUUUGCCGCUAGUGACCUGUGCGCGCGUGCCGGUAUUGCUGUUGGUUUGCACCCCUUGCAUGGCGGGCUGCAUGGGCCUUGCCGGGGGGUUGAUAGCACCCAACCGCGACCUGGCUCGCUGGUUGAGUUAUAACCAGCUUCCUGCUUACGGCGCACAUCCAAUGA